AAUUUCAUUUUCAUUGUAGUAAUCCACCUUGAAAGCAAUGUGGGCCCAUCAUUCAUUUGUUUUUGUCACUCUCAACGACCCUCCAUUUCAAAAAGCAGAUAGCAACCCAUAUCAAGUUGGCCCGCCAAACACUAACACCUUUCCUCCCACACACUCUCCCUUCCCUCUCCACUCCUAUCUCUCUUCUCCUCCACAUACCUAUAAAUACAUCUCAACCCUCCAUCACAUCCAUCCACAUACAUGACCAUGGACUGGUUCUCAUGGCUGUCGAAAACAGGCCUCGAGCCAUCGCUGGUUUACGAGUACGGCCUUGCCUUCGCCCACAACGAGCUCGAGGAAGAGGACAUCACAUACUUCAACCAUGAAUUCCUGCAAAGCAUAGGCGUCUCCAUCGCCAAACACAGGCUAGAAAUCAUCAAGCUCGUUGAGAAGGAGAGCGGUCGGCGCCCGCGGCCGAUGUCGAGGCUCCUCACAAUGAUCAAGAAGACAAAGAGGUGCUUGGCUAAGUGCAUCCAUGCAUGGCUCCACCGCAAUGACUCGGCGAUCAUCGUCGUACCGACAAAGGCGUAUGGGAAACGGUGGAGAGGAGCACUGUUGAAGAGGAAUAAGAGGAUGAUGAUGGUCAAACAAGCGAGCUUGAUGAUCACUGAUGGGAGCGUGGGUGUAGGUGGGCCACCCAUCGUUGGUGGGGUGAGCCCGGUUGUUCAUGAUCUUGGAAAGGAGGAUGAAGCUUGCGACGAUCCGUGUUGGUCGGCGGGCGGUGUGGAGGAGAUCAGGUGGGCCUCUAUGUUUCAAGACUUGAAACCAACAUAAGGUGUUUUUCUUGUUUCUUAGUUUAUGUUUUUUCUUGUUUUUUGGAUGGUGAGAGAUGCUUUUUUCUUGUUCUUCCACCAGCGAGAUUUUGUUAAGAUCACAUGUACUAGUGUGGUUCAUACGUGCGAGAUCUGAGCCACUCAUCAUUCAUCAGAAGGUUCACGCUGUGAACACUCUCCGGCCUCAAAUUCAGAUGGAUCCCUCACACGGAAAGCACAAAAACUCAAAACCCAGUUGAGUCGAGUCAACUCAACUCAGUUGAGUUCUCUAAAAAACUCCUACGAGUUUUUGAGUAAUAUUUAAAGUUUUAAAGAGUAUAAAUAGUGAUGAGUUUUUGCGAGUAUAGUCGAAUUUUAUCGAGUUUUGCUGUGUUUUCUUUAGUCAAGCUGAGUUUUUCUCAACUUUUGACUGAGUCGUGACUAGAUUGAGUUUUCUGAGUCUUGGUGGAAUCUGGUUGAGCCAGAAAGAGAGAGAGAGAGAAAAUAUCACCCAUGUAAAAGAGAGCAGCGAGUCUCUCUCUCACCGCACGGCCAGACAUGUGGGUAUCCCUGUCGUUUUUCUAAUCCGACAGCUGGUAUUAUGGGUGUGAAAAAGGGUUAUACAUAUGAGCAGAAGUACGAAGGUGAUCUUUUCUCUAUGUCUGUGCUGUGUAGAUCUCCACACAUGAUGAGUGGACCACCUAAUGAGCGGCACGGAUCUUGUACAUGUGAGCCAGACUGGCAUUUGUACUGCGAAUCACUUCUUCAAGGUCUCCUGGCGCGGAUUCCUUCAGCAUUUCUCUCCUUUUUCUUCUUUUUCUUUGUUUUAAAUGGGUCAUGAGACGACCCACCUUAGCACUAAGGGGUGCUGUUGUCAUCAUGCGACUGUCUAUUCUGUUGUUUUUUUUAUAAGUGAUGUGAUGAUAUGAGAAAAAUAUCAAAGGUUACUGUUGAUGGGAA